CCGGGAAUCGAACCUGCAACAGCUGCGUCGAGGACUACAGCCUCCAUAUGUGGGUUGUGCUUAACCCCUGCGCCAUCACAGCACAGCACACCCCAGAAGUGUGAUUUUUGAAGUUGAAUAUCAUAGAAAUAUUAGGCACCUGGCUCUCUUUGAUUUGGUUCAGUUGCCUUCUUUAAAGGAACUUUAGAUUUUCAUUGCUUUUCAUUUUAUUGUCCAUCUUUUCAACAGUCAUUUAAGUUUUAGACUGAUGACUGUAGACCCGCUGUUCUGUAAGGAAAUGUUAUUAAAUAAAUUGUUUUGGAAAAAAAAACUUUAAGAAGAAGGAUCAUUUUAAAGAUAAAUCCUAAUUACAGAAAGUUCUGGAAAGAUUUAAGUAAGGUAGGAUGAUAUUUUUUUUCCUCCAUCUUCUUCAAAAUUCAUCCAUCCAUUCAUCUAAACCCGCCUGUCCUUGCAGGGUGACGGGGUGGAACAGGUCACCAGUCCAUCACACCCCAGGAACAACAAUGACUAUAAACAUGUUGCAGGAAUCCCGCCUCUCAGCAGGAUUACAGAUGUAGAAGCUGUUAUCACAGCAGGUUUAUCCCAGAAGCAGUCCUAUCCACAGUGAACCUGGUGGAUUUCUGUGGCCAAACAAUCCGGAGAGACGGAAUGAUCGUCAAGUCACACCAGGAAUCCAAAAAGUACUACUUUGUGACCAUGGGGACCGACUGUCACCUCACCAUGCAGGCCAGCUCACCUAAAGACAAGGUCCAGUUCUACUUUCGCUUUUUCCUAGUCUACAGUUUGCUCAGAGUGGCUCCUUUAAGCCCCGCCCCUCUCGCCCAAGAGUCCUCACGUAGCUCCGCCUUUCUCAACUCAAGACUUGAUCCCGCGUCCGGUGAAAGCCCAGAAGACCCGUGUUAUGCCGGCUCCUACCUUCAGUUCUAUGACGGAAGAGACCGGAACUCCCCAGCUCUUGGGCCUCCCCUCUGCGGGAAGACUUCUCCCCGGCCAGUGCUGUCCACAGGAAACUACUUGACCCUGAGGCUGGUGACGCGGGGGACUCAGCCCAGGGUUGAUUUUGUUGGAGAUUUCACUUCCUUCAGACUGGGGUUCAACCAGUCAGAGUGUAGAAGUGAGCCCUACUUCACCUGCAGAAAUGGAAAGUGCAUCCCCGUCAGUCUUGUGUGUGACGAUAAAGUCGUUGACAACUGUGGAGAUGGAAGUGACUUGGAGGAAAAUCUGACAACAGGCUGCAAAGAUUUCUACACCAACCCUGUCCUUGGUGAGUCUGCCAACCCAUGUUGGUGGGACGUGUCUGAACUGCAGUGUAACAGGCAGCAGUCUGAGGCGGGAGUCAGUAACUGCCUCCUCCUCCUCCUCUUCCCUGCUGGCUUUAUACAUCGUCCUGGGUGUAGUGGCGGGGGGUUUGUUUCUCUGCUGGUGCUGCUGGUCGCCUGCUUGGUUCCUGUGGCGGCUCAGCAUCUGCCGUUUCUUGCCAUGCUGCAAGUCAACCUGCGCCUCCUGCACUUUCUUUCCCUGCAACUGUGCAAACACCAAGGAACAGCGAGUGGCAAAGGUCAGCCCUCACACGCCGGUCAGCAGGAACCCCACCGACCCAGCGGCCAGCCCCGGCGACAAUCCGUGUUGACUCUUUCCACUUCCUGGUUUUCACAGACGCGGCGAUGCUCUCACCAGUGGUCAUGACAGCAAAACAUUUAUUCGUAGAGGUUGGUCCAAUGCGGUCAGUUUUGCGAUCCCUUCAUUAGCGGAAAGCAGAAGGUCAGUGGGAGCUGGAGGAACAUGGUUUAGUUUUGUAGCCUGUCCAGCCCUGCAUCAGAAACACCAGGCUUGUUUGAAUCUGUAAUUAAAUCUGUUUCAGCUGUUCUCUUGAGCCACACAUACUUUCACUCUCCAGAAUCAGCUAGUAGAUUAUCUAAACUCUCGCUGGUCACCUGUUAGCGACAAGAAUACGUCAAAGUAAUAGCAAGACCGGCUUGUUAUUACCUGAUCAUGCUUGCAGUAAAAACUGCUUAGUCUGAUGUGUUUAUUUUUCCAGCGCUACUCUACCGCCUUGCUUUUGCAAUAUGGCUGAUCUUUAAACUGGUAAAGCAGGGUAUGGUCUGCCUGUGUAGUUUGAAUGUGAACUGUUUUGUUGAACCGUAAUAAAACCAUAUUUAUCCUCAGUGUAGUUUGCAAACAUCUCCCGUUCAGCAAAGUGACUGUGGAGAAGGAAAUUCAGAACAUUGUUUAAUGAGUUCAUGUCUGUGAAUUGGGCCAGUGCUAAUAAGAGACGACUCUUAUUGUAAACAUGUGCCAUGCAAAUAAAACAAGUUGUAUCAAAGGUUUAA